CAGUCUAGAUGGUCUCAACAAUUAAGUUGCACAAGGAAAAGCGGCGAUGAGGUUGAGCGAAGCUCUCCUUCUAGACUCGGGACAUGAUAGAUAUUCUCGGAAAUCAGUCAAAACCUCCAUCAGUCAACAACAAGUUUCUCAUCCAUUUUUAAUAACCUCUUUUGUGAACGUUUGUGCCGCCACCUGGUCGAUGCGCGGCUAAUGCAUACUGGCAAGCCGCAGGCCGCAAACCAUUGUGCAGAGUAUCGAUUUUUCCUCGCGCUGUAAUAUAUCCAACGAACGGGAAGGUGAAAAUCGAAGACGGUUUCAGACGCUGAAGCUGGGAAAUCGAUUGAAAACUGCGUUUAGGAGCGCUGUUACUACACAGGUAGAUCGCUGGACGAGUGACAAGCGGGUAGGCUGCGCACGCCUAGAAACAGGCUUUUUUCGUGAACUCUUGAAGCCCGGGUGACCAUUCUGACUACGUUGAGCUACACGACCGAGCGACAACUUCGUUAAGAAUUCUUAUACAGAUAUAAUACUGCUGACUACAUUCUGUCUGCAUCUUUGAAUCAAUCUGAGCCUACGAGUUCAAUAUCUUGCGAUCUCAGAGGUAGCGUUCCUAUUUCUGGUUACUUAAGUGUCUCCGAAUCAGAUUACAGCGUCCAGUGUUUCGUCUGACCAAAGAUCCAAGAUGUCGGUUAUGCUCAACGCGUUUCGGAUGAACAAGAUCAAGUCGGCGGGAAAAAGAAGGAAGGCAAAAUCGGCCGCCAAACAGCGAUCUGCCCAGCAUAGCUCGGGAGCCGAGGCCAGCGGAGGAUAUGUGGCCGCCAAUAACGUGAAGAUGUGGAACUGGUCCUUGGAUGACGAGUUUAUCCAGGUUAUAUUCAGAAAGGACACAAUGGAAUGCUGGGUAAACGACACCAAGGCAGAGACCAUGUGCAACUUUUCGGAUACCGGCGCUGAGAUGGAUUUCUGCAUCGGCAGUCACAAAGCCCGUAUUAAAAGUAUGCAAGGUAUGGGAAAGAGAGAUGGCAUCAUCCACGUCCUCACCAUCGACGGUUACGUCAUACCGGAAGACACGACGUAGAUAAUGACGUCAUUUUCUGAAAUUGCGCUGCUGGUAGAAUCUAAAGCAUUCAACAUACAGUAUAAUGUUUAUAAAUUCCAUAUGUAACAAAGUCUUUGUUUUCAAAAGUAUUAAUAAGUUUAAAUAUUCAUUUUAUUAGUAUUGUUACAUUAGUUUUGAUUUUAUGAAUCAGCUCCUUUAUUUCUCAAAAGUCAAAGUGUACUAACUUGUAUCUUUAAAUCAUCACAUAAUGACCUUGAUUAAGAUAAUAAUAUAGACUGCGUGGUUAUUAAUUUGUAUAUUUAAAUGUUGGGAAUGUUAAAAAAUAUUUGUAUGAAUAUGCAUCUUAAAUACCUAUGAAAAACGUAAGUAUACGGAACAGAGUGUACCAUAUUGAGUAAUAUAUAUAUGUAAUUGACAUGCGUAUAAGAAGGUGCGUGCGCAUGCCGAGUAGGACAAGUGGAACAGACAAGUAAAUCAGGCCAGAGAGAGAGAGUAUCAGAUAAAAUAAGCUUUUUUUUUUUUGCACUUGGAACUACGAAUAAUAUGUCCAAAUUAAUCCGUCCAAUUUCAAUAACGUGCCAUUAAAAGCAAAAAAAGUUUUUUGAAGUGUUCUUGAAGUAAAUAAUUUUGUUAGUAUGAAAAAUGUUUACAGUAUAUCAAUGAUUUUCCGUCCAAAGUAAAAAAUAUAUAUAUAUACAUGAAAUGGAGACAGAGGCCAUUAUAAAUAGAAUUCAUCCCAUUUAUGACGUCAUAAUGGAGAAAGACUUCUAAAAUGACGCAACCAAAGCAAUCAACGCCUUAAAUGACGUCAUCAGCGUUUGUAAGAACGACAUUUAAUCAAAGGUAUAUAAUUGAGUUGUGAUAUAUUGCUGGUAUUUCUGUAUUUACAAAACUCUUUACAACUGUAGUAAGUUAAUUCCUCUAGUUAUACAACUACAUUGUGAAAGAUACAUGUUUGAGAAUGUUUGUCUUUGAAAUGCAUAUGUGUUUUCAAUAAACAGUGAUUGUUGAAA